CUGCAUUGGGAACGUGGGUCACAGGCCUAAUUUUCAGAUUCCUCGAGUGAUAAACUCCAAUACAAGCGCGGUCCGAUAUCGAUGCCCGGUUUUUUUUCUUUCAGCCUUCAAAUCUCGCGAAAUUUUGCCUGUCGUUUUAUUUUCCCCCCGCGUUUGGCCAUCGUCGCAGUCACUCAGACAGUUGAGCUCUCUCUACCUCUCCAAUUAAAUUAGUCUUUCAACCGAAUACGAAAUCCUGAGAAGUUCAGAAAUAACCAUGACCGCUGAUACACUGCCGUACCAAAACGGCGUCAUUUCUAAUGGAGAUCUGGCCACCAUCAAUAACCCUAGCUCUACCAACGCCAACGCUAAGAAGUCUCGGGAGAGCGAAAGGCGCCGUCGCAGGCGGAAGCAGAAGAAGAACAAUAAGGCUGCCUCUCAGGCUCUCGAUGCCACCGCCAACGGCAACGAAAGUGACGAUGAUGCUAAGGAGAAUAACGAUCCUCAACAGGCAUUCGAGCAAGUGGUAGUUGAGUAUGUUCCAGAAAAGGCAGAGUUGGAAGAUGGUUUGGAUGAAGAAUUCAGGAAAAUCUUUGAGAAAUUUAACUUCCAUGAAAUUGCUGGUUCUGAGGAGAACGAUAAAAAGGAUGAAUCGUCCCAAAUUGCUGAUUCUAAGAAAAAGGUCGAUUCAGAUUCAGAAGAGGAAGAACAAGAUGCUACACUGAAGGAGAAAGGCAUAUCCAACAAGAAGAAAAAGCUUCUGCGACGGAUGAAGAUUGCUGAACUAAAACAGAUUUGCUCAAGGCCUGAUGUUGUUGAGGUGUGGGAUGCUACUGCAGCUGACCCAAAGUUGCUAGUGUUUUUGAAAUCAUACAGAAAUAGUGUUCCCGUGCCCAGACAUUGGUGCCAGAAAAGGAAAUUUUUGCAGGGAAAGCGUGGUAUUGAAAAACAACCUUUUCAGCUUCCUGAUUUUAUUGCUGCUACAGGAAUAGAGAAAAUUAGACAGGCUUACAUUGAAAAAGAGGAUAGUAAGAAGUUGAAACAGAAACAACGUGAGCGUAUGCAGCCGAAGAUGGGGAAGAUGGAUAUUGAUUAUCAGGUGCUUCAUGAUGCAUUUUUUAAGUACCAAACAAAGCCAAAGCUUACAAAUCAUGGUGACCUAUAUCAUGAAGGGAAAGAAUUUGAGGUGAAGCUUAGGGAGAUGAAGCCUGGCAGUCUUUCACAAGAACUAAAAGAAGCUCUUGGUAUGCCAGAGGGUGCUCCCCCACCUUGGCUUAUCAAUAUGCAGAGAUAUGGCCCUCCACCAUCUUACCCACACCUGAAAAUUCCUGGACUGAAUGCUCCCAUUCCACCUGGAGCUAGCUUUGGUUAUCAUCCUGGUGGCUGGGGCAAGCCUCCUGUUGAUGAAUAUGGUCGUCCUCUAUAUGGAGAUGUUUUUGGAGUUCAGCAACAAGAACAGCCCAAUUAUGAGGAAGAGCCAGUUGAUAAAACCAAGCAUUGGGGUGACUUGGAGGAAGAGGAAGAGGAAGAAGAAGAGGAAGAGGAGGAGCAGAUGGAGGAAGAGGAGUUGGAGGAUGGCAUUCAAUCUGUGGAUAGCCUCUCGAGUACACCGACUGGUGUCGAGACACCAGAUGUCAUCGACCUCCGGAAGCAACAAAGAAAGGAACCUGAGAGGCCUCUUUACCAGGUUCUUGAAGAAAAAGAAGAGAGGAUUGCUCCCGGGACCUUACUUGGAACAACCCACACGUAUGUGGUUGCUAGUGGUACUCAAGAUAAAUCAGCAGCCAAAAGGGUUGAUCUUCUUCGAGGCCAGAAAACAGAUAGAGUUGAUGUUACUCUACAACCUGAAGAAUUGGAUGCUUUGGACAACGUUUUACCUGCGAAGUAUGAGGAAGCAAGAGAGGAGGAGAAGAUGCGUAGCCAGCGUGAGGAUUUCAGUGAUAUGGUUGCAGAGAAUGAGAAGAAAAGGAAGCGUAAGAUGCAGGAGAAGGAAGGGAAGUCAAAGAAAAAGGAUUUCAAGUUUUAGGCCAAGGCAGACAAUAGUAACCAGGCACAAAGCGAAAGCAUUUGUUAGUUGAAGCUGUGAAAUCUCGCUUGUAUGGUUAGAUGCGGAGAAUGUCUAAUUUUGUCGUUUGAUAUAUGAUCUUUAUAUAUAAUAUUGAGUUACCAGCAAUAUCACUAAUUUUCCUUCUCCCAUCCCAUGGUGUAGUUAUUGCUGCGAGUUGCAGCAAUGUGGUGGGUUGGAUGCUAGAGCUGCAAUGAAAGGAUGUAUGAUAGGAUUGAAUAAAACUAGAGUUUCUUUGAUUUGAUUAGAUGAUAACAAACAACUAAUGUGUUUUCUCA